GGUGUCAGGCACUCCAGACAAGUUCUCUUUGCCUUGCUCUCUUCUUUAUUUUCCACAACCCAGGUUUUAGUUCUUAACUUCUACCCUGAAUCUCCCAACUCCUCGUUACUAUCUCCUAACUCUGGGCUCUUCAUAUCCCAGGCGAGCUCAAAUUCUGUAGAAGAUUGGGAACAGGUCCUCCCACUGUCUGCUCCGUACCACCCAGGGAGUUGCUCCUCAGAGGAACUAGCUGGGGAAUGAGAACCCAGCGUCCCACUGAGCAGGCUGGAUUGAACCCCAAAGCCCUUCUUCCCUGGCCCCUCCCGCUCCAGGGGACACCGGUCUGAACAGUAUCUGUGUGAAAAGCAGAGGAGAGAAGAGCUCACCCCAGCUGGGCUCCUGAGCCAGGGCCAGGGCUCCGGUGAAACGCAGGACUGGGACGCUAGUGCUCUGAGCAGGGCCAUCCUGCUCGCCUAAUCAGCUAUUUAAGGAGUUGUUGGCCAGCAACCCAGGCAGCCCCGCUCCCCAUGUACACCUAUCCAGAGCCACCUUAAAAGCAGAAGGCAAUUGUGAAGUCGCUGGCCAGCAAGUAGAGUAGAGACUGCAGAGGGAGAUAAAAAAGAGAGGGCAGAGAGAGAAGGCUGUGAGAUUUGUCCUGGGGACCUCAAAACCCGCGGUAGCCUACUGAAAACCAACUGUCCUGGAAGCCCACAGAGACACAGAGACAGCAAGAGAAAAGAGAUAAAUACAUUCCACUUCAGGAAUAUCUCUCUCUCUCUCUCUCUCUCUCUCUCUCUCUCUCUCUCUCUCUUUCUUUCUCUGCUCUGGUGUUCUGGUCCUCUGGUCUCCAAACUCCCAGUACCUUGUGCUCCUUCUGAGGAUACCAUGAUGUUCUUCAUGCUCCUGCUAGAGGUGAUUUGGAUCCUGGCUGCUUUCGGGGGUCAACACUGGACAUAUGAGGGCCCACAUGGUCAACACCACUGGCCAGCCUCUUACCCUGAGUGUGGAAGCAACGCCCAGUCCCCCAUCAAUAUCCAGACAGACAGUGUGACUUUUGACCCAGAGUUGCCUCCUCUGCAGCCACACGGAUAUGACCAGCCGGGCACCAAGCCUUUGGAGCUGCACAAUAAUGGCCACACAGUGCAACUCUCUCUGCCUCCUACCCUGUAUCUGGAAGGACUUCCCCGGAAAUAUGUAGCUGUCCAGCUCCACCUGCACUGGGGUCAGAAAGGAUUCCCAAGGGGGUCAGAGCACCAAAUCAACAGCGAAGCCACAGCUGCAGAGCUCCACAUCGUACAUUAUGAUUCUGAUUCCUAUGACAGCUUGAGUGAGGCUGCCCAGAGGCCUCAGGGCCUGGCUGUCUUGGGCAUCCUCAUUGAGGUGGGUGAGACCAAAAAUCCAGCUUAUGAACACAUUCUGAGUCACUUGCAUGAAAUCAGGUAUAAAGGUCAGAAUACGUCAGUGCUUCCCUUCAGCCUGAGAGAGCUGUUGCCCCCAAUGCUGGCGCAGUUCUUCCGCUACAAUGGCUCACUCACCACGCCCCCCUGUUACCAGAGUGUGCUCUGGACAGUCUUCCAUCGAAGGGCCCAGAUUUCAAUGGCACAGCUGGAAAAGCUUCAGGAGACAUUGUUCUCCACAGAGGAGUCCUCUAAACUCCUGGUACAGAACUACCGAGCCCCCCAGCCUCUCAAUCAGAGAAAGGUCUUUGCUUCUUUCAUCCAAGCAGAAUCAGCGUAUACCACAGGUGAAAUGCUGAGCCUCGGAAUGGGAAUUUUGGUUGGUUGUCUCUGCCUUCUGCUGGCUGUUUAUUUCAUCGCUAGGAAGAUUCGGAAGAAGAUGUUGGGAAACCAGAAGAGUGUGGUAUUCACCUCAGCACAAGUCAGCGAGGCAUAG